AUGAAUACUUAAAAUAAUUUUAAUAUUAAUAAAUUUUCUUAUACUUUUGAAGAAUUUACUUAGUCAUUAGAUGAGUUAGAAGACAAUGAAAAUGUUUGCUUACCUAUUUCUCUGGUUAAGAAAAAUGUUUAGAAUAAACAAAAAAUUCCGAUUAACCAAGUCUAGCCUUCAUAAAAUUCGAAAUUGACCUCUUAACUAGAAGAAAACUAGGCUAAAUAAACAUCAAAGAUAGCUGCUGAGAAAUAGCCUUCAGCUGAAAAAAAUCCAAAAAUCAAUUUAGCAAAAUCUGAAUUCCAAAUGCCAUAGAUAUGCCAAAGUAUGUAAGUUGGUAUUCAGUUAGAAGACUUUCGCUUUGCAGAAUCAUUUAUUGAACCAAAUUAAAAAUAAAUGCCUGAAAAUUCUUUAAAAAAAUUGUAUGAUUUAGAAAAAAAUCUAACUUUUGAAGUAAAAACACUUAAAAAAAAUUUCUAAUUCAAUGAUAAGUAAGAAAGUACUUUUCCAAUCAUGAUCUCAGUUAGGACUAUUAAAGACUCAUUUUAAUUUAAAGACGACUAAAAAGACUAAGUAUUAGUCAAGAACUCAAGACCAAGUAUAGACUUAGUUUGCGUGAUCAAUAAUUCAGAAUCUAUGCAUGGAGAAAAAAUACUAAAUGUAAAAAAUACUUUGCUAUAUUUACUAGAAAUGUUGAAUUCUAACGACAGAUUAUCAUUAGUAUUAUCUAAUAAUAAUCCCACUACACUUUUUGACUUAAAAUAUUUAGAUGAAAAGAAUAAAUAGGAUUUAAAAAGAAUUAUAAAUAACAUUAGUAUUACUUAAAAUACUAAUAUUACCAAAAGCAUGAUUAAGGCUUUUAAUAUUUUAUAAUUUAGAUAAUCUUAAAAUAAAGUAAGCUCAAUAUUCUUACUUUCAGAUGGUGUAGAUUCAAGCGCUGAAAAAUAAAUAUAAAAUUAUAUCAGCUCAUAGCAAUCUUUGUAAAAUAAAAAUUUCGCUAUUCACUCAUUCGGGUAUGGAUUUGAUCAAGAUGCUGAGAUGAUCAAUAAGAUAUGCUCAUUAAAAAAUGGCAACUUUUAUUAUAUUCAAAACAUGAAUUAGGUAGAUUAAUAUUUUGCUGACGUUCUAGGAGGAACAUUAACUGCUGUAGCUCAAGAUAUUACUAUUGAAAUAUCAUUGAAUCAAUAAGAUAAAAAUUUUUAAAAAUAUUUCUCAAACUGCAGAGUCUCUAAAACUUAUGGAGAAGCAUGGAAAUGUAUUAAAAAGGACGAAAUUUACCAAAUUAAAAUCAACCAUUUGCGUUAAGGAGCUUCUCAAGAUUUUAUAAUGGAAUUAACUAUUCCAAAAUAAAAAGUAAAGAUUCUAUAAGAUUUUGAGAGAAAUUUAGAAGUAGUAAAAAGCAAAUUAAUUGCUAUUCCAACUGAUGUGUUAUAAACAUCUAAAAUAGUUAAGAAGAGCAACCUUAUGAUCACUUUAUUUUUGUAGAAUGAAGUUGUUCCCAUAGAUCCAGAGAUAGACUAUACUGUUGAAAUCAACUAUUUAAGAGUCUAAGCAGCCUAAGCAAUCGAAAAUGCUAUGCGUUUAAGUGAAAAUUCAUAGCAUUAGCAAAGUGAGUUAACUUUAACAAAUUUUCUAGGAAAAUUGGAAAAUUAUCACCCCAAAAACUAGAAAAAUAUUGAAACACUAAAAAAAGAAAUUUUAGAUUGCAUAAAAACUACUUAAUCAAUAACUUUCAGCAAUCAAAGUUAAUCAAUCUAUAAUGGUUUUGAAAAAAUUUCUAAUUAUAAUUAAAGCACUCAAAUAGCUGAUUUAGAUGACAAAGACUAAAUGAUUUUUUAGAAAUAGGCAAUAUAAAAUUUACAAGCAAUCAAAGCAAUGCAAUUACCUGAGGAAUUAUUUUUUAGUUUCCAAAACUAAUAACCACCAAAGCUAAAUUGA